UCUCGCCACGAGGAUGGUGUCAUGGUGCGAGUGGUUUCAUGAUUGUGCGCAGAAAGAGACCGGUUGCGAUCCACAGGAGUUUUUUUUUUUUCAAUUAUUUCGAGUCCUUUCAUGCGUUGCCUAAUCACCACCUUCCACAGCUGCUUUGAUAAACCCCCGAAACUUCAGAAUACUCCCCGGUGUCAAACGCUCAACACACGCCGUCCCUGACAUCCGCCGCUGCAGUCGGCACAGUCGCGCAGAUAUAAAACGUGCCAACCCUGCAUCAUCAGAGUGACGGAGUGUCACGCCGAAUUCGUCAAAAAGGAUCCAUCCAGAAUUCCAGAUGCAGGAGAGGGGGAGGUGGGUUUGGGGAGAGCGGAGCGCACGGAUCGGCAGCAACAAAGGGAGGGGCAACCGCGGGCGGGCACGGGCAGGCAAUUCGCCCAGCUCCGACGUGGGAUGCAGGCAUCCGCAGCAGCACUAGCGCUAGCAGUCUAGCAGAGCAGCGCCGCGCCGGUUCCUCGCUUUCUCGUGUCGUCAAAGCAGAAUCGCCCCGCAGCAGACAGACCGGCGGCAGUAGCGGUGCUGCUGCUGCCGUUUCCCCCAAUUCUGCGCCUCUGUGUGCGUGCGUGCGUGCGUGCUUCGCGAGGGCGCGAUGGGGAUGCGGGAGCUGCUGCUCCUCGUGCUCUGCCUCCUCGGCGCCGGCAUGGCCGUCGUCGACGCGCAGUCUUCGUCCUCGCCGCCGCCGGCGCCUCAGCAGACGCCUCCUGCGCCGCCGCAGCAGACGCCGUUCGGGCGCACCAUGUCGACCUUCAUCACGGUGGCCAUCAGCGUCUUCUUCUUCUUGCUCUUCAUCUGCGCGUACGUCAACCAGUGCCGCCUCGCCGACCCCGGGGCGGCGGCAGCGGCGGCGGCGGCGGCGGCGGCCGGGGCAGGCGGAGGCGGGGGUCCGUCCAGGAGGGGGAAACGCGGGCUGGACCCCGCGGUGGUCGCCACGUUCCCGAUCGUGUCCUACAGGGAGGUGGUGGAGCACAAGAUCGGCAAGGGCGUGCUGGAGUGCGCGGUGUGCCUCACGUCGUUCGAGGACGACGACGACCUCCGCCUGCUGCCGCACUGCUCCCACGCGUUCCACCCGGAGUGCAUCGACCCCUGGCUGCAGUCGCGGGUCACGUGCCCGCUCUGCCGCGCGAACCUCGAGAAGCCGGCUCCGCUUCCGGCGCCGUUGCUGUUGCCGGUGCCGGCGGUGGCGCCCCCGUCGCCGUCGCCGUCGCCGCCGGCGGUGGCGGUGGCGCUAUCGCCACGCCAGCGGCCUUCGCCUUCGCCACCGCCGCCGGAGGCCGUGGCGAUACCGGUGUUGGACGACGAGGGUUUGGAGGAGGACAGCGACGACGAGGACGACAGGAAGGAGGAGGCCAUCGAGCUGGAGAUGCUGCGCAGCGCGCGGCGCGCCGCCAGGAUGCCGCGGUCGCACUCGACGGGGCACUCGCUCUUCGCGGCGGCCGCCGCCGCCGCGGAGGAGGGCGACCACGAGAGGUUCACGCUGCGACUGCCGGACCACGUGCGGGAGCAGGUGCUCCGGUCCCGCCGCCUGCGCCACGCCACCAGCCUGCUCGACCUCUCGGAGCUGAGCUCCGAGGGGGGGAGCUCCAGAGGCGGACGGCGCGUGGCGGGAGCAGGAGGAGGCUUCGGCAACGGCGGGAGCAGCCACGGCGGGAGGCGGUGGCAGUCGUUCCUGGCCAGGACGGUCUCCUGGGCGCGAGGAGGGGGCGACGGCUCGGUGCGGAGGGGAUGGGACGGGUCCACGAGGAGGGGAAGGGACGGCGGCGAGUCCAGCAGGAAGGGCGCGGCCUCGCCGCUGCCGGCGGGCCGGCCGUGAUCGAGGCCACUAUUGACGGCGGCGCCACCGCGGCCGAGAUGCUGCCGCCCUGUAAAGUUUGACGAACUGUGCUUUUUUUUGCUGUAUUUGUUUAUUAUUAGGAAAUAUUUCAUGAUAGCGGCCUGAAUUUCGCUAAACCUCUUUUUUUUAGCUUUUCUUUGUACUUUUGCAAAGCUUGAUUUGUUUGGUGCGUGGAUUUUGUGGGAUUAGUGAUAAGUGACGACAAGAGAAGAAUUCGAAGAACCGCGGCGGGUGUUCUCACUCA